AUGGACGACGGUGUAGAAGGGAAAAGGAACGAGCACAACGUAAGAGGGUGCUACCUACUUUUCGAAGGUGGACUUGAGAGCAAGAUACCACCAAAUUCGGAUGAGGGAGGAAGACAUUCAGAAGACGACAUUCAGGACUCGUCAAGGUCACUACGAGUUCCUGGUCAUUUCAUUCGGGUUGUCAAAUGCCCCUACAACUUUUCAGUUCAUGAUGAACACCGUUUUGAGAUCCUUUUUAAGGAAUGUGUGCUAGUCUUUUUUGACGACAUCUUAAUCUAUAGUAAGACGUACGAAGAGCAUGAGAGACACCUCAGACAGGUGUUGGACACGUUGGCACAAAAACAGCUCUUUGCAAACAAGAAAAAGUGA